AUGGGGGUUCUGAAGGGAAUACUGCUCUUUCUGGGGUUGCUAGUGGUACUAGAGAGAGUGAAUAACCUGCAGAUAAAACAGGAGCCCCAGACUAUCCAGGUAAAACCAGGAAGCAUCGCAAACAUGAAAUGUACGGUGACAUCAGAUGAGAUUAUGGAGCAGAUCCGAGUGGAGUGGAUGAAGAAUGGAACCAUGCUACACUCUUUUCUCAUUACCAACAACGUGCUCAAUGAGACCAACCACCCGCGGGGUUGGAAGUUGUCCUGGGAAAACCGCACCCUCCUCCUGAACCUGCCCAUCAAUGACAACAAUGACACCGGGAUCUACCAGUGUCGCAUCAUACUGGAGAUCCCCCAGAUCAAACAAGGAAAUGGCAGCGGAACCACCGUUAAUCUGGAAGAUACCAAAUCAGUUGAACCCGAAAGCUCCAUUUCAGAUUUAAUUUUCUGGUCGUUGGUGACGGGCGGCGUAGCCUUGGCUGCACUAGUGCUGGCAGCCGUGAUCAGCUGCUACCAUCGUCAGCAUAGGGACACAGGAGAACAUUUCUACGCUGAUAUCCUCUACCGACCGAAGGCUGAAGGCCAAGAGGGGAAGAAAGCGGGGCCCGAAACCAGCAAAAGGGAGGUUAAAAAGACAAACAGAGGGGAAAGGGGAACUCCAAAGGGACAAAGCCCUGUAGCUCAGUCCCUCCACCCAGCCCGCUGUCCCACCCCACCGAGCACGUCUGUGCCCUCCAACUGCCGGCCUCCUCAAGCACUCAGGCCCAGCCCCGGCUUUAGCCCUCAGCACUGCUACUACCACAGCCUUCCCGCCAGCCAGCUGCCCAUUACCUCUCUGUAGAGUCUGGGAAGCCCAAGGCCACCUCACUGA